CACAGAGAAAGAGAGAAAAAGAGAGAAAAGAGAGAGAGAGAGAGAGAGUCGAUAAUCUCCGAUCAAAAUCAAAAUAUGGGGAAGAGAAGAGGCGUCUCCGCCGUGAACGUGAUUUUCGGGUGGCUAAGACAGCAAUCAAACAAGGUUAAGAUAGCUUUAGGGAUAAUCCUCUCUCUGAUCCUCGUCGUGUUCUUAAAAAUCACCGUCAAGAAUCACAACCACUUUUUCGUCGCCUCCGAGCUCAUCCAUGCCGCCGGAAUCUUAAUCCUCAUCUACAAACUCACCCGACAAAAGACUUGCUCCGGUCUUUCUCUAAAGUCUCAAGAAGUAACAGCAGUGUUUCUAGCUGUGAGAUUGAUAUGCAGCAUAAACAUGGAAGGUGAUAUACAUACAGUUCUUGAUUUCGCCACCUUGGUUUCGACUCUAUGGGUCAUUUAUAUGAUUCGGUUCAAGCUGAAAUCAUCUUAUAUAAAGAAUCUCGACAAUUGUCACAACUACUAUGUGCUUAUACCAUCUGCUAUCCUUGCGUUGAUUAUACACCCGAAUACGAGCUAUAAUUACAUCCACCGUGUCAUGUGGGCGUUUUGCGUUUACUCAGAAUCUGUCUCUGUUCUGCCUCAGCUUCGGUUAAUGCAGAAUGCGCAAAUCAUAGAGCCUUUCACAGCUCAUUACGUGUUUGCGCUGGGAAUUGCUAGGUUCUUGGCAUGCGCUCAUUGGCUUAUCCAGGUCUUUGAGACUCGUGGACAUUACCUAUGGCUUAUCGGGGCUGGUUACUUUUGGUUCCCGGUGGCUCUAAUAGCCGAAAUCGUUCAAACCUUCAUCCUUGCCGACUUCUGCUACUACUAUGUCAAAAGUGUUAUGGAGGGUCAGCUCGUACUGAAGAUGCCGGUUUAGAUCGGUACAGAUGAACCGAUACAUUUUGUUUUGUUAUUUUUUUUUUUUUGUCAACUUAAGCAACCUUAACCAAAAUAGAUGCUCAAAAUAAUCUAGACAGGUUUCUUUCUUCCUUUUCCUGCUUUUUUUGUUGUUUAAGAAUCUGUACGUAGAAAAGUUGAGGAGUAUCAAAAUGGCCAAG